AUGGAUAAUGAAGCAAAUGCAAUUGAAGACAUCAAUAGAGCAAGAUUACAAAGCAAAGAAAGUGGUUUCCCUCUAAAUCCCACAAGUUCCAAUGUAGUGAAUCCAAUUAAAGAUAUUAGUUUUCAAGAAAACAAUCCUGACACGUUUACAAAUAUCAUUGAUGGAAAGAACAAUGAUAAUUCCAGGGGUAUUGUUGAAGAAUUAGUCGUAAGAAAUUUCAACCAUGGGAAUUUAGAAAUAGUUGGUGCUUCAAAGCCUGAUGUUUGGGAAGAUUCAGACUCCAUUUUCUUCCCAGGAUUUCUUGAAAACAAACAAGAAAACCAAAAUCAAAUUCAAAAUCAAAAUCAAAACGAGACAAAUGACAAUUCACCCCAUGAUGAAAACCAACCCACUUCAAGUAUUCGAACAAAGAUUCUUUCUAAAUCCGGAUUCUCCGAGUAUUUCGUGAAAAGUACACUCAAGGGCAAAGGCGUCAUUUUCCGAGGUCCACCUCGAGAUGGUCAAACCGAUCCCCGAGCUGUCAUUCCCGAGCCCAAAGAUGAAAGUGUAAAUCUGAGAGAAUGGUUGAAAAUGGGAAAGAAUAAAGUUGAUAAAUCGAAAAGUCUUUACAUAUUUAAACAAAUAUUAGAUUUAGUGGAUUCAUCACACUCUCAAGGAGAAGCUUUACAAGCUUUAAGACCAUCAUUCUUCAAAUUGCUACCUUCAAAUCAAGUCUUGUACAUGAAGGAAUUAACAGAAACCAAAGGAGAUGAUCUUCUUUUAUCUAAUCAAUUCUUGAAAAGAAGAAAACAUGGCGAAAAUUUCAACUCUUUUGGCAUGUGGCAACAGUUCCCAAAUCGUUCUGGUUCUAACCAUGGUCAAACUCAAACUCAACCAGGGUUGACUUCUUUUGGUGGCGAUUUAUUAGAAGAACAGUGGUAUGCGGGGCCCGAGGAUGUUAAAGAGAGGCCUUGCAUGAUGUCUUCAAACGUGUACUCUUUGGGUGUUCUUCUAUUUGAGAUUCUUGGAUCUUUUGAAUCUUCUAGAGAACAUGCAAUUGCAAUGAUGAAUUUAAGACAAAGGAUUCUUCCUCCUAGAUUCUUGUCUGAAAAUCCCAAGGAGGCAGGAUUUUGUCUUUGGCUACUUCACCCUGAAGCCUCAGCUCGACCCCCCACUAGGGAUAUUCUAAAAUCCAAGCUCAUAAGCGAAAUAGAAGAAACAUCAACAACCGAUUUAUUAUCCUCCAUAGCUCAAGAAGACACCGAAUCCGAAUUACUAUUACAUUUUCUCACAUCUUUAAAAGACCAAAAACAAAAACAAGCCACAAAUUUAAUCAAAGACAUCAACUACUUAAAAUCCGAUAUCAAAGAAAUCGAGUCAAGAACACAAUCAAUUCAAGAAAACAACAAACCACCAAUUAAUGAAUCAAGACUAAAACCCAAUCUAAUCCACCUCGAAAGUGCAUACUUUUCCAUAAGAUCAAGCAUCAAAAACGAUCCAACGGACACGAUCGAUCAAGAAAAUAACAAACCGUUGGAUCGACUUGGAAUCUUUUUCAACGGUUUAUGCAAGUAUGCAAGAGAUGAAGAUUAUUUUGCAACUGCGGGUGUUUCUAAAAAGAUUAAAGUUUAUGAUUUUCAUUUAUUGUUGGAUGAUUCGGUUGAUAUUCAUUAUCCUGCGGUUGAAAUGGUAAAUAAAUCAAAAGUUAGUUGCAUUUGUUGGAAUAAUUAUAUCAAGAAUUAUCUCGCUUCUACAGAUUACGAUGGCUCAGUGAAGAUAUGGGACGCAGGAACUGGUCAAACAAUUUCUCAUCAUAUCGAGCAUGAAAAACGAGCAUGGUCAGUUGACUUUUCUCGAGUGGACCCCACAAAGUUAGCUAGCGGGAGUGACGAUUGUUAUGUCAAAAUUUGGAGCAUUAACGAGAAGAAGAGUUUAUCAACAAUCCGAAACAUUGCGAAUGUUUGUUGUGUACAAUUCUCUCCAUUUUCGUCUCAUUUGGUGUGUUUUGGGUCUGCUGAUUAUCGAACAUAUUGUUAUGAUCUUCGGAAUAUUACAACUCCAUUGUGUAUAUUGGGAGGACAUGAUCGAGCUGUUAGCUAUGUGAAGUUUUUGGAUGGCGAAACCGUAAUUUCAGCAUCCACUGAUAACACACUAAAGCUUUGGGAUCUCAAGAAAACAAAAUUCGGUUGCUUAUCGAGCGAUGCUUGCAUCAUGACUUUCAAAGGACAUACAAAUGAGAAAAAUUUUGUCGGUUUAUCUGUUGCUGAUGGAUACAUUGCAUGUGGUUCAGAAACAAACGAGGUGUUUGCUUAUUACCGAUCACUUCCGAUGCCAAUCACCGCCCAUAAAUUCGGGUCAAUCGAUCCGGUUUCCGGCAAAGAAACCGACCACGCGAACAACCAGUUUGUUUCAAGUGUUUGCUGGCGGCAGAAAUCGGACAUGGUUAUUGCCGCUAACUCCAGUGGCUGCUUGAAGUUGUUGCAGAUGGUUUAAGUGAUUUGUGACGUCAUCAAGUGUAUAUAAAUAUUUGAAAAUAAAGAAAACUCCGAGUCCCGAGCCUUUUGGGCUAAUUCGAUUGCUCGUGUACAUUGAGAUGAAGUCGAGAGAAUUUUGCGGUUCUUUUUGGGUGUUGAAAUUGAGAUUGAUAGGGUGGUUAUUUGUGCUUUUUAUUUUUGGAUGAAAUUUGGAAGUAGAGUUUUUUUUAUAUAUAUAUAUAUGUAAGUUGUGGUAGAUGUUGAUAUGUAUACUGUAUACCAGAUAGUUUUCAGUUGAGAAAGGUUUAUACGUUUUAGCAUUCGUUUUACGUAUCUAAAUAGUUGGGUUGAAGUGUUGGUCUAGUGGUAUAUAAUACAGUAGUUGUAAAACCUUUUUCUUAUAACGAUUGAUUAAAACAAAAUAUUAAAUGAGAAUGAUUAGAUGAGAAAUUUACUUGAAUUAAAAUUUGAAAUAAGUGAAAACGGU